CCAUGUCUGGCUCCAGCUCCUUUCCUACUUAUAAAAUUAAUCCUUGUCUGCGAACUGUCACCUCGGUUCUAUACUGUGCGGUCAGAUAAGCCUCUGUGAAUUCAAGGUGAUGGCGUAUUCUGGUGCAGCGGCAACUGACGCGGGCAUAUGCACUUGCUGCGUUGUAGCAAUUUCCACAUUUUGUUACCAGAGUGCGUGACAGUCUGGCUGCUAUCACUUGACAGGAGACGUUUCCUUCUUUUUCCUUUUUUUAAAUUCUUUUUGCGAUAUCCAGGAAAUUACGGUGCAGGAUCUCCGACUUCCGCGCCAUGUGGAGGCCCACGGGGCUGCUGCGGCUCCUGUUUCGACGAUGGCGAUGACGAGGACGACUUUGAUCGUGCACAACGCAAAGAGCGUGAGAGGCAGCAGAAGAAGGCGGGAAAGCGAUCUCAACAGGAAGAAGAAUUUCCUCGUGAGGAAAUUGGAGAAAUCGUUACAAAUCAGCCAGCACCCGCCGAUGCAAUGCGGACUCCGGACGCCGCAGCAGGCAAUCCUGUUGCAGAACCUAAUUCAACUUCUACGCAGCCGCGGACAUAGUGUCUUGCUUGACGGUUUCAUACACUGACGGCAGUCAUUGUAAUUUGCUCGACACUGAUAUACUUCGUUUCCGAGCUGUUAAUCUUUGGCUUGGUGGCUUCCUUUGAUGUGUACUUGUACAGGACGACGGUCGUUGUAUUAUUUAUGCAAGUCUGAGUUACCUGAUUUCCGAACUGCUAUCUUCGCCUCUUGUACCGGAUUGUAUCCUUCGUGACGUCAUGAUACAUUUGCUGUAAGUGGAAUACAACUACUACAAGUGAUAUCGACCACGUUGUCUGCUUUUGAUACUCUUGGAUCAUUUUCCAUCGGAUCUAGACGGCUAUGUCCGAAUGCACGUUCGGGAUACGUCAUAAU